CGGGCAACAUGUUGAAUUUGCGCUAAUUGGCAGUCAGCCAUUGCCAGAGAAAGCGACAGGGUCAAGAAAAAAGAGGGCAGCAAAACCAUUUGUCAUCUUCGAGCAAGCAAACAGGAAGAGCAAUAGGAAACAAUACCAAUAAUGUUUACGAGCACCGAAGCCCACAGCCAACACAGCGCUGAAAUCAAUAUGAAUAAAAGUAACAAGCCAGAAAUACAAGACACAGAAGCCAAUUACAACAGCAACAACAACAACAACAACAAACAAAACAUUAACAACAAAAGCAACAGCAAAGACAACAACAUCGGCUUAUUGCUACACUCAAUCGAUGAGCAUUACGCUUGUGACAUUGCAAUGAUGCAUAUUGCCGAGGAAGUUGGCCAAAAGACGGCCCCAGAAAACACACUCAAUUCAACUGAGAACGAAGUGGAAAUCGAUCCCCAAGAGGAGGAACAAGCAAUUAACCAACUGGUGCGCUCCUCCAGCGGCAAUGCGUUAAUAGAGGCUGGCAACAACAGUGGCAGCAUGCGUGUUGUCUUUGGCAUCCUGGUGCGUCUGAUGCUGCCACUAGCCCAUAGUGUUGCCCGUGGCAUUAAAGGAAUUCGGGAUGUGCACUUGCUACACAAUAUUGCCUCCAGCCGGCAGGCGCUGACCAAUGUGGUGGCUUUCGCGGCAAAUAACAUAUCGAUGAAUCUAUCCUCUGUGCAAGCUUUUCAUAUCAAAUGCAUAUCGCUCUAUCCCCAAACUCUCUCGUUGACAGUUUCCAAUCGUCUGGGACCUUUGCUCAAUUUGCUCAAGUUGCGCAAGUCCCAAGAUGGCUUGGAAAGUCUGCCCGAUACGCUGACAACACCUACACCGAUCACGCCCAUAACGCCCACAACGCCCAGCAGCACACCAUUGCAGCAACCGCCCAUAUAUACUCUGCAAACUACAAGCAGCACUUGUUGCACUCUCAACGUUCUUGCCGCACCGCCGCCUGGCACUCCCAUUCGAGCGGACAUAGUGCUCGUCCAUGGCCUGCACGGAUCGCUGGUGAACACUUGGCGUCAGGGCCUCUGGCAGAACGAGCGGCAUCCGGUGGAGUUUGAUCGUCCGCCGAAGCCACCUGUUCGUCCACCCAAGCGUCCGCGUCAUUUACGCACUGCCACCAUACAUCCAGCGCCGCGGGAGAAGCGUGCCAAACUUGCCUCCUUCAAGGAAGUCCCGGACACAGAUGCCUCAAGUGAUAGUACUGCUUGGCAGCAGACACAGCCGCAACAAAUACCUGAUCCUCGGCCAUAUCCCUUAAAUUCUUCUGAUGAUGACAGUGCCGAAGAUUUUGCCUAUGUCUGUGGCGAACCGGAGGAUAUUCAAUUCUGUGAGGGCAUCGAGUACAGCUUCCCAACAUUUCGUGUGCGCAUGCAUGACAACAAUCGCCUGUUGCAGGUCGAUUUGGAGUCCAUGCUGGAAGCCGAGGCCAAUGCUAGUUCCAGCACGGAGAGCUCACAGUCCGCCAAGUCGCACAAGACGAUUGGCAAAGGCAAAAGGAAACCAUCUGCCAAUGAUCCCAACUACUCCAAAUGCUGGCCCGGCGAUUGGCUGCCCCUGGACUGUCCAGGUGUCAGGGUCAUCGCUGUCAACUAUACAACGGACCCGUAUCUAUGGCGUCCGCUCUGGAAGAGAAAGGAGCCGCGCUCCAGUCUAAUACAGCGUUCGCGUGAAAUGGCCUCGCUGCUUAUGCAGCAUCGUGUUGGCCAUGGUCAUCCGAUCAUCUAUGUGGGCCACUCGAAGGGUGGCCUGUUCAUCAAGCAGCUAAUUGUCGAUGCCUGGGAAAGUGGCCGGCCAGCAAUGCGGCCUCUUUGGCGCUCAGCUCGAGGCUGUUUUUUCUACUCUGUGCCGCAUCGUGGCUCCCACUUGGCCUCCAUUAAAGCGCCGCUGCUGUCGCGCUCUGUGGAGCUGCUGGAGAUCGAAAAGAACAACAAGUAUCUUCUGGAUCUGCAUCGACGCUUUGCUGGUCUCUAUCAUAUGGGUCAUUUGAAGAUCGAGGUAUUCAGUUUUGUGGAGACGGCUCUGACACUUAUGUCUGUGUUGUUUAUGCGUAUUGUAGGCGUCGAUUCCGCCGAUCCCGGUUUCGGGGAGGUGUGCGGCAUUCGGUUGGAUCAUCGGGAGAUUUGCAAGCCGCGCAGCCGGGAAUGCAUUCUGUACAAAGAGCUGGUGAAAAUGAUAAAGAAGGUGUGCUGACCGCCCCGUCACUUACUAUAGGAUAAUGCACCAGGACCUCAAUAAAGUGAAAUCGAAAUGUGAAUGGGUUUAGCAACUCCAAGUUGCCCGAUAAUUAUACGUACCUAAACUAUAGAGUUAUAUGGUCGUUUUUCUUGCUAUGGUGCAAAGUAUAAACACUUUUUUUUUUUAAAUCCAUUAUCGCUUUGAAUGUUUACAAUUUGUUUUCGUAUGUAAGUCACAGUCACAGUCAAGAUGCGUUUAAGCAUGCCAUUUAGCUCGUAAAUUUCACCUCAUACGAUUAAAGUUAUGACAAUUUAUGCGAUUUUGUAUUGUGAUCAUUUGUUCAAUUAGUUAUGAUGUGAUCAUAUACUAUACAGGUUUUAUAUAUGUACCAUAGCCAAUAGAUAGCUACCUUUGUAUACACAUAAAUAUAAAGAAAAAAAAUGUAUAUUAUAGAAAUGGACACCGCUGUUAAACGUAACCAACGAUUUCAACUGGGUGGACAUUUUUCUUAUGAUAUUGCCCAUUUGAUAUUUAAUGUUAACCUGAUAAGUACUGAAACAUACUGAUGAUUGUUAACUAAGCAACAAAAGAUAUUGUAUAUAAUUAAUAAACUAAUACGUUCAAAAUGAUCAUUGAAUAAAAAUGCAUAGAGUAUAGUA